CGUUUUCGGAAUAAGAUGCGCUUUCUCGUCGACGUUUUCGUGAUUCUCUUCUCUCUCUCCCCCUUUUCUCCUUAACCCCCCAUUUCCCCUCUGUUGUUACGCCCCAGGAGCGAUUCGCGGCUCGCUGCUGAAUUGCUCCUUCCGUUGACCAGCGCUCUUUUUGCACAGACCCAUCUGUUCUCGAGUUCGUCGUUUCGCUUGUUUAGAAAAUUCAUUUUCCCGCAUUUGAAUUGAGUUCUCUCCUUGGUUUUUCUCGCUUCCUCCCUCGUACACAGGCGUUCCAUCCCCGCUGUCCUCCCUCUCUCUUCUCUUCCACCGUCUCGGUCUCAGCGGCUCCGUCUGUCCGCCUCUUUCAAAACUCACGACGCGUCUUUUUUUUCUCCCAGUUUCCUCUUUUUCUCAGAGGAAGCAACGCGCGCCUCCAAGUGGACGUGCACUGCACAAGCGUUGCUGGUCCACUCCCCCCGAGGGUUGUCGACUGACGCAAAGUUCCGACACUCGGCUUCUUCGCAAGCUUCUCGCUUCGUUCACGCGUUUCUUCCUUCACAGCUGCAUGCGGCGUCUCUUCAACUCCGGCUCUUUCUCCUGAGGAGCGUCGUGCGAGUUCUGAGCGCUCUCUUCCACGUUCGACGACCGAGCCGUGAGCCGCCAUGGGCGCCUUCAGCCGGAAACAGAAAACCUCGCGGGCGGCUGCCUUCCCCUCUCCUCUCACUGCUUUGGUCGAAGAUGAGGAACUCAGCGAAGACGAACAGGCGCUCCUCUUGGCGAACUUCAGACGAAAACUCGCAGGGCUGCAUGGGCAGUCACCUGCAAACGAGGAAGCCACCGGCGAUGAAAUGGGAGACGAGAGACUCGCCGAACUAGGGUACAGAAAGCUCCCCAACGAACGCCUUCUCAACUCAGCAAAUCAGAAGGCACCUUUGAACCGGGAGGGCCGCAGUGACAUGCGAGGCAUGCUCGCCGUGAACGACGUCUCAGGACUGCAACAGAAACUGGAGGAAAUUCGCUACAAGCCGCCGGCAGGGAUGCGCCGCGUACCGUGGAUCGAAACGCUUGCUGUCGUGGCAGCUCCCGUCGCCGAGACAGGGGAGAAAGACGGCGAAGAUGGCGACGCGAAUUCGGAGGAAAAACGAAAAGCCAGUCUGCCGGGAGCGAGCCAGGACCUCGCCAGAGAGAAAUACUUCAUUGCGAUGACUACCGAGGCUGCGCGUACCGGCCUGACUCGGCUUCGGCAGCUGCGUCUGAAGUUCUCUCGGCCUCCUGACUUCCUGGCGGAAAUGCUGAAGAGCGACACGCACAUGGCCCGGGUGCGAGAGAAGCUGGCGGCCGAGAAGGACCAGCUGGAGGAGUUCGAGGAGAAGAAGAGGAAGAAGAUGAACAAGAAGUUCCAGCGUCUGAGCGGCCACAAACUCGUUCGCGAACAAGAGGAGGCUCGGAAGCGAAACGCCGAGUUGAGGGAUAUUGCCGCGUGGAAGAAGGAGAGAGAACAGAACGCGAAACAGCGUCGGGGAGCAAAUGGGUACCAAGAUCCAGAGUCUGCCUUCGACGCCUGGGUGAAAAAGAAGGACCAAGCAACCUUACAGGAAGAACGCGCACAGAGACAACUGCGGAGGAAACGCGCGCGAGGCGAACUCGAGUCCGAGAGAGAAGGUGGAGGAAAGAAGAGACAAAGACGCAGAUGGGGGAAGAAGCAAAAGUAAACAAGAAGCGAAGAGGAGGGAUGGACGGGGGAAGACGAGGGAAUUCGAGAGCAGUGAGAGGGAGCAAGAUUGUCAGAGGGCAUGGGGGCGGUUUCACUCAUGUUUUGUCGAACGACUGGUUGAGUGUCGAUGCAAGUGCAUGGCCGAAAUCCAGGUGUCUGAGUCCGACUUUGCUAAAACGAGGAAAUGCUUCUUCUUUCUUUCCAGUUUCUACCAGAAAACGCGCGCGCGUCAGAAACGCACGGACUCGCGAGGUUGCCGCGGCGUGGUGCCUGUAAGGCGAGUCCGGAAAAAGAAGGCAGUGGUGAAAGACGCGCCACUGAGAUUUUUUUUCCCGGGACUCCUUGCGAGAGUGCCAGCGAGGAAGCGAAAAACAGAGACACGAGAGAGAAAACGGGACAAAGCGAAGAAUGGAGAGGUGGAGGGCAAUUUGCCUAUAGACAGGGGGAGACUUGGGGGAGAAGAUCCAUAUUUACGCGUAUUGAUAAACAUAAAAAAGCGAAUUACAUACACUGUGUUCACACUCGACGCAACGGCAGAGUGAGGAGAGACUCAGGAAAUCGAGAGGGAACUUCCUUUUGAGAGACCGCCCUUUUUCAUGUGUAUACUGAAUGUAACUUCUGUAUUCAGGUUUUCUUCUACUUCACUUACUGUUUCGAUACUUUGUGGAUCUGCAUCCUUCUUGCACUUCACUACAUAUCGGAAUUCUCUGCAUUGCUGCGACUAAAUUAUGUGUCUCUACUGCACUAAAUGUAUACACUUCAUGCAGUGAUUCUGCAGCAGCAUAUGCGUUUUUUUACAUAACGUCUCCACUGCUCAAAGUGUAUCUGUUUCUCCCUAGGCCACCAAACGUCUCUAGUUCAUUGACUAUCUCUGAAAGGCUGGCUUUUUCUGAGCAUUGCCUAUUUCCAAGUGCUCUUUCUGACGGCGAGAGUCAGAAAGAGCAGAGGUUUCCACCUGAGUAAAUCAUUCCCCGUCACCAAGGCGUCUUUUUGAAAGUGUGUCUCGCGCAUCGUGGACGAACUCGGUGGCAGGGGCGUGUCGCCUUUCGUGCGGUGGAGAGGAAGAAGUUUCUCCACGGCACUUGGAUUUUCUCUGGAUCUCCAAGCACUGAAAAAAUGGAGAUCAAGACAGUGUAACGGGGCAUUCGGCCCUGCGA